AUGAACGCGGAGUUGACGAAUAUUGUAAGGCCAUUUGCGAUUUUUCACAAUGUGGAACCCUUAACAACUACAUUGCCGACAUUUGAACUACCUUCCGAGACCGUGGCUAAAACUUUCAGUGUCAAAGGAAUAGCCAACAACCAUUAUGGUCUGAAUCCUAAUAACAUGGAAGUGGGGCCUGGAAUUAAUAAGAUAAAACGUCAGUUCUCACCGUACGCCAAGCUUCAUAGGUUGCACCUGAACAUUGCGAGGGUAUACAGUCCAGGACAGAUGCCACCGAUGGCACCACUAUACCCCGACACUUACUCCUCAAAAUACGAAAGGUCACCAGUUCAUCCUCAAGAUUUGUUGAUGUGGCGAACUCCGCCUCAAUAG